AUUCCGAAUAAAGAAGCUGACGGUCAUCUGAACGGAAACGGUGUUCGAGAAACUGUGAUCAAAAGAGCUAUAGAAAUCGUGGAGCCGUACAAAGAACGCCUCGAAAGAUAUACCUGUGAGUAAUUUUCCUGAAUCUUUUUUAAUUUAAACGUCGCUAACUUGAAUUUCUUUUUUUUGAAUAGGUCCUCCAGAACUGAUUCUUUUACAUUGCUCACUGUGCAACAAAUCCUUUGAGAAACCUCCGCGUAAAAAGAUAAUCACCUGUGAGAAUUGCGGCACGUGUCUGUUGCUUCAGUGUUCCAAAUGCCGGAAAAUCUUUCGGAAAUACAUGACGCUUUAUUGCCAUUUAAAAGCAAUCUGCGGCAAUCCUGAGGUAAUCGAGUUGAAAGAAGGUCGUGUACCAUGUAUCGAUUGCGGUACCAAGUUCGCCAGUUUCGAGAAUUUACGUCGUCAUAAAAAACUCACCUGCAAACGUCAAGCUGCCUACAAAUGUCAAUAUUGCUCAUUUACAAGCAAAUACAAGGCUUCAGUGGAGCUUCACGAGAAAGGACAACAUCGUGAGGUCACCACCGAUGAUUUGUUCAAGUGUGAAUGGUGUGGCAAAAGUUUCAAACACUCGCAGACUCUUAAAAGACAUCGAAAGUUUAACUGUGGCAAAGAGAAAAGUUUUUGCUGUGGGCAUUGCGAUUACAAGUGUUACCUUAAGUAUCAAUUGAAAAACCACAUGAGAUCUCGUCAUGAGAUUCUUUUUUUUGGAAUACAUGGCAAACCCAAUCGCUUGAGCACGAUAUCUCUGCUGCAUCGGAACUUCAAGCAGUUCCAAAAGAAGCAACGCCCACUGACUCGCAGCCGUAGUGAUCAGCAUCAACUUCGCCUACCAAAUCGCGACGAGUUGGAAAUUGAACCGAUCGACGACGAUGCUUCGUCAUCUCGUGAUAGUCUUGGUUUUCCCGCGUCUCUCGGUCUUGUCUCGCGUCACCAACUUGAACAACAACAACGACUGAAGCAAGAACAACAAGAGCAACGACAACAACAGGCUGCGGUAUCCUCAGUUCAGGAACCAAGCCAACAACGAGAGUUCAAAUGUCGAUUCUGCGUUGAGAUUGCUCCUAACGCAUGCCUGACAUCGCUUUCGUUACCAAAUACGUUGUUUUUGCCAUUGAAUGGUGGACCAAUAAUUCUUUGGAGAACAGCCAGUUGUAUAAAUCAAGAACGGAAUAAUUUGAUUUCAAAUAAUCAAAAGUUAAGCAAUCAGAAAGCAUCAAAAGAUUUUGUUUGUCACCAAUGUAAUAGAAGCUACAAGUAUAGAAAUAGUUUGAGAAAUCAUCUGAAGUAUGAGUGCGGUAAAGAACCUCAAUUUCGGUGCCCCUACUGUCAAUAUAAGGCUAAGCAAAAAAUAAAUGUUAGUAAACACGUUAAGCGACAGCACUUAUUAGAAGUGAAAUCUGACAUAGUUAAUAGAAAAGCUGUGAAAAAAUCACGAAGAUUUAUCAGAACCAACGGGCCAAAACGCAACUGCAAAAAUGAAAUCGCCGAAAUAAUUAUAGAUGAUGAUACAAGAACAGUGCGUGAAGUCCAUUACGUUAGAGAAGAAGUGACAAUCUCGUCAGAUUCUUCAGACAACGAUAAGAAUAAAAUUGAGGAUAGUCACGAUAGACUAGAAAUCAUAGAUCACAGCUAUGAAAUGAGCUACUGCCGAAAUUGUAAUAAGAGUGAGAGAUUCGUAUACUUGGGAAAAGGCCAAAGUUGCGACGCGUGUGAUACAUUGUUGGAAUUUCAAUGCGAACGCUGCGACAAAAUUUACAAAAAUAUAAAAUCCUUACGAUUCCACUUGAAACACGACUGUGAAAAAGUACCAGGAUUUAAGUGUGCGCAAUGUGAUUACAAAACCACCCGAAAAGCAAGCUUGCAAACUCAUAUCAAGUGCAAACACACAGUGGUGACGAAAAGACAUGCUUGCGCCAUCUGUGGACGUCAAUUCAAACAUCGCUUUCACAUGUUGACUCAUCAACGUCAUUGCGGUCCAGAAAAUAACAUUAAGUGCCAAUGGUGUGAUUAUACUACCGACAAUAAGUGGGGAUACAAGCAACACGUAAGAAAUAUCCAUACGGAUCCAGCAAAGCUCGACCUGUACAUGUGCAUGAUCUGUGGCAAAAGAUACAAACAUUUAAAUAGCCUGAAAAAGCACAAGAUUGUGUGCUGUUUUAAAGGUACAUGCGCUCAUUGUGGCUUUGAAACGUCUCAAAAAGCAGUUCUUCUAUCGCAUAUUAAAAGCCAUCAUUCUAAGGAAUUAUUUGAACAAUUGCACGCAUUAUCGAUCGAACCGGUUGAGUUAAUCAUAUCAUCUGAGAAAACAAAAACUACCAGGUCAUCUGAUAAUUUGACCAAAGAUGCAAACUAUUCGAAAACGACAGAAGUAACCACAGAGUCAAGCAGUCGCAUUCCGAGGAAAAAGACUGUUCCUAAAAGAUAUAUCGAUUAGAAUUAUCGAAGUAACUACGGAGCAGAAUCACUAUAUUCUUUUGUGCAGGUACCAGUAUAUUUCAAGUUUCAUCUCUUGAUCAAAAUAAGAUCCAACCACUUUGCAGCUGCUUAAUUAUAUUGCCAUAAGGCAAAGUUCCAUGACGAAAUCAAUUAAAUGUUACGAAAAUCUUAAUUUUAGAAUAUAUUCAUUUUAAUGUAUUUUGAAGUUGUAUGUGUAAACACUCAAUUUUUAAUUUUAAUCUGUAUAUGCUUCUUAGCUACAAUUAUACAUAUUAAUCUUUUUAUCAGUAUCCAUAAUAUUUA